UCUAAUCUUUGUUUUCAUUCUUCUCGACACGACUUUUCAUACGUAUUUGAGGUUAAGAUUAGAAAACUAAAAAUAAACUUAUUGCUCUUGUUAAAAAAAAUGUUCUAAUAGUCGGGAAAUCGAAAAAAUGGACAUAUUUCGCUAUCGUAAAUUUUUCAUUUACAUUCUGACAUUUCUUGCGUACGCCUGGUCUGGUUAUGGAUCGGGACUAUUGUCAAAUUUACGAGACGCUGUUCUAGCCACGGAAUCAAUAUUUGAGGAUUUUUUCGAAAAUGCCAUAACAGUGGCACGUAAAAUCAAAGACAUUCACGAGGUGUUCGACGCGGCUGUUGAGGAAACGUGUGUCUUUCAAUGUCCAACAGGAAUUUCUUCGGUGCCGGACAAAAAUCACGUUCCAAAAAGUGAUGGUUGCGGAUCGUUGGGAAUAGAAAUCAAUCAAGAAUAUCUUCCGCUGGCGGAAAUGACAAAAUGCUGCGAUUCACACGACAUUUGCUAUGACACGUGCAAUUUGGACAAGGAAAAAUGUGAUUUAGACUUUAAACGUUGUUUAUAUAAAUAUUGCGAUGGCUAUGACUCAACUGGUGUAUCGAUUGUGAAUGCAUGUAAAGCGGCGGCGAAAAUGCUUUACACCGGAACAACAACGCUCGGCUGUAAAAGUUACAUGGAUGCGCAAAAAAAUGCCUGCUACUGCGGCGACAACUCUAAAUGGAGUAAAAAUUCGAGGAAGAAACCAAAGCGAGCCACACACUCUGGUGGCGAAUUGUAAAAAAAAGACAAAAAUUCUUUGUUUAUUUAAACAAAUUUUUUAUUGUGUUUUUGUGUAUUUUUCGUUUUUGUUGUUUUAGAUUUUAAUUAAUAAUUAAUAAUUAACAUCAUCGUUGACUUUUGUUGUUUAGGAUAGAAAAAAAUUGUAAAUAUUUGUAAAUUAAGAUUUAGCUAUAAAAAAAUUAAAAACUAAAAUUUACACGUGGAUUUUAAUAAUUAAGAUUUAAUUAAUAAAUUUAUUUUAUUCAUUUAU